UGGAGAUCCAGCUGGCGGGGGCGUGGUGACGUCAGACGCAGUCGGUUGGUCGCUAAUCGAGGCCGGGCUCCGGGCUGUGCUAGGCCGCAGGAUGGCGGAGACCAAAGUGAUCUACCACCUGGACGAAGAGGAGACCCCGUACCUGGUCAAGGUCCCCGUGCCGGCCGCGGACAUCCGCCUGCGGGACUUCAAGGCCGCCCUGGGCCGGGGCCACGCCAAGUACUUCUUCAAAGCCAUGGACCUGGACUUCGGGGUGGUAAAGGAGGAGAUUUCGGACGACAAUGCCAAACUGCCAUGUUUUAAUGGCCGUGUGGUUUCUUGGUUGGUGUCUGCGGAAAACACUCCACCUGAGCCUCCGCCUCCUGUCACAGAUCCCAGGCCUGAGCAGUCCCCGGUUCCUCCUCCUCUGCCUCCGCCUCCGGUGGAGAGAACUAGUGGCAUUGGGGAUUCGCGUCCUCCAUCAUUUCAUCCGAAUGCUUCUGGCAGCACCGAGAACCUUGAUCAGGAAACAGAGACAGAGUCUGUGAUCUCUGUGAGAAGAGACCGUCCACGGAGGAAAGAGAGUGACGGGCAGGGACUUGCUCGAGGCGUUAAUGGCCGAACUGAACGACAUUUGGCUGGUUACGAAUCUUCAUCAACUCUCCUAACCAGUGAGAUCGAGACCAGCAUCUGUGACUCAGAGGAGGACGAUACUAUGAGCAGGUUCAGCAGUUCUACUGAACAAAGCAGUGCGUCACGACUUCUUAAACGACACCGCCGUAGACGUAAACAACGGCCUCCCCGACUAGAGAGGGCAACCUCAUUCAGCAGUGUUACAGAUUCUACCAUGUCGUUGAAUAUUAUCACAGUGACGCUCAAUAUGGAAAAGUAUAAUUUCCUGGGCAUUUCCAUCGUGGGUCAGAGUAACGAGCGCGGCGAUGGUGGCAUUUAUAUUGGGUCCAUAAUGAAGGGUGGGGCCGUUGCUGCUGAUGGAAGGAUUGAACCUGGGGACAUGCUGCUACAGGUGAAUGACAUCAAUUUUGAGAAUAUGAGUAACGAUGAUGCAGUGCGGGUCUUGAGAGAUAUCGUACAUAAACCAGGCCCCAUCAUCCUGACUGUGGCCAAGUGCUGGGAUCCCUCCCCUCAGGGCUACUUUACUCUCCCUCGCAAUGAGCCAAUUCAGCCGAUUGAUCCUGCAGCCUGGGUGUCCCAUUCUGCAGCCCUGAGCGGAUCGUUCCCCGUGUAUCCUGGCAGUGCCUCCAUGAGCAGCAUGACAUCCAGCACGUCUGUGACUGAAACUGAGCUGUCUCAUGCCCUCCCUCCAGUGUCGCUCUUCAGUUUGUCCAUACACACUGACUUAGCUUCUGUAGUAAAGGUGAUGGCGUCUCCGGAGUCUGGUCUUGAGGUUCGCGAUCGCAUGUGGCUGAAAAUUACCAUUCCCAAUGCCUUCCUUGGCUCUGAUGUGGUUGAUUGGUUGUACCAUCACGUGGAAGGAUUCCAGGAUCGCAGGGAGGCCCGCAAGUUUGCCAGUAACUUAUUAAAAGCUGGAUUCAUUCGUCACACUGUGAACAAGAUUACUUUUUCCGAGCAGUGUUACUACAUCUUUGGGGACCUUACCGGCUGUGAAAAUUAUAUGGCUAAUCUAUCUCUGAAUGAUAACGAUGGUUCGAGUGGAGCCUCAGAUCAGGACACUCUUGCUCCUCUGCCUCUCCCUGGAGCUUCACCAUGGCCUCUGCUCCCCACCUUUUCCUAUCAGUAUCCAGCCCCUCACCCAUACAGUACACAGCCGCCAGCUUACCAUGAGCUCUCCUCCUACAGUUACGGUGUGGGCAGUGGUGGGAGCCAACACAGUGAAGGUAGUAGAAGCAGUGGCUCCACACGCAGUGAUGGGGGCCAUGGUGUACAGAAGGAGGAUCGCCCUGGCACUGGUGGCGGAGCAGAGUCUAAAUCUGGUUCUGGAAGCGAAUCUGAAUAUUCAACCCGCAGCAGCCUGAGACGAGGGGCAGGAGGAAAUAGUGGACCCGCCAGUGACCGCUCUGCUUCCUCUCGACCUCAACCUUCUCCUCACCAUCAUCCACCAUCACUUCACUCCUACCCUGCUCCUGGUCUCCCUCUCUCCUAUAAUCCAAUGAUGCUCAUGAUGAUGCCACCACCCCCUCUUCCGCCACCUUCCUCUGUUCCUCCUGGUGGUCAGCCUCUGGUACGUGACCUUGCAUCAGUUCCCCCUGAGCUAACUGCCAGCCGCCAGUCCUUCCACAUGGCCAUGGGCAAUCCCAGCGAGUUCUUUGUUGAUGUCAUGUGAUACAGGCCUGACUGUGACGUAGCUAGCUCCACACCUGCCUAGUCCUGGACUUGGUCAUUAACACUCCGUAGUUUUAAGGAAUUCCUGUAUUCUAUGCAGAUUAAUCUAGCAUUAUUCAAUCGAACAGGACUGGUCAGAUUCCUCAUAUUGUUGGGAUUAGCGUGGAUAUUUCGAUAGGAAAGAAUCUGUCAUGUUCCUUUGGAGGUAGAUGUAUCUCAGCAUGUUUCUGGCUGUUGGGUUAAGCUUUGUCUAAGGCUAUGUCCAUGAAGAAGAAAAGAAAAUGGUACGCUGCUCGCGGUACAACUGACCAUGUUCCUGGGAGUUUGACUGGUGAUUCCUGUUCAGACCAGGUCCGGAGGUUUCACCGCUUUACUCCAAAACACUAAAUGUAGCAUUAAUUACCGGACUCCACCCUAUAUCCAACGCACAUGUAUGUAUCUAUAAGCAGACGCUGGGCGUGAUCAUUAUAUGAAGUAUUUUUAAUCUCCUUUUUACCAGUGUUUUUUUUGAAUGGCGUUCCUAUGUACAGGGGCCUUGUAACAGGGUUUUUAUUUUUGUGGGGCGGGGGGUUAAUGGUGAUUAGUUCUCCACUUCCUGUGGUAGGGUGUGAGUCUCUCUACCAGCCCCUUCCACGACAAAGCAAUGGCUGUGAAAUGACCCCUCUACUCCCCCCGAUUUCCUCCUCUAUUGCAGGAGACUAUAUAUUCAUGUGCCUUAUUCUCUUUGGGGUCUCCCAGAGGUGGAAGACAUUGUACCUGUGCCAAGGAAGCUCGUGUCCCUGACCCAUUGCUGACAGGUAAACCCUGAAGUUGGAGAUGGUUUAACAAGAGCACGUGCUAUUCACCCUCCUUGUAAUGUCACAUGUUGGUGACACUGUUCCCAUGUGCCUUACGUGACGUGCCCCUAGGAAUACAACCUGUGCAAUGUGUUUAUAGGGGUGCUUAUACAAAGCAUCUAAGCAAAGUGUUUUAUGGGAGUAAAAUGUGAGAAUCGGUUGCUUUUUACUGCCUGCUCUUCACUAAUCAAUUGGAAGUGCCUCACUUAUUGCCCUUUUUAUGUAUUUAUUACUUUUUUUU